AUGGCAUUUCCGUGUGCAUGCGACGGACUCGCUCUCCUGCACUUGCCGCCGCCCUCGCCACCGCCGGCGAACACGCCGCGCGGCACGCCCGCCUCGUGGACGACGCCGUACCUCAGCGUGGCCACCGAGGUGGCGCGCGGGAUGGCGUACCUUCACAGCCACCGCGUGAUCCACCGCGACCUCAAGCCGGGCAACGUGCUGCUCAAACUGCCGAUGAUGACUGCCAAGGUGGCAGACUUUGGCGCGUCGCGCGAGAACAUGCAGCCCGCCCCCUCCGCCGGCUUGCACGCGGGCGCCUUCUCGCUCGAGCGAGCGAGCGCGGCGAUGACCAUGUCGAUGGCCGGCACGCCAGUCUACAUGGCGCCCGAGGUGCUCCGGCAGGACCGGUACGGCAAGCCGUGCGACGUCUGGUCCUUUGGCGGGCUGCUCGUCCACAUCGCGACCCGCCGGCCGCCCUUCGCCGCGCUGCUCGAGUCCGGCCACCUCUCGCCGCUCGACCUUCUCAACAAGGUGACCAAGGGCGAGAUGCGGCCGACCUCGAACCCCGGGGGGCAGCCCGGCGCGCUUUGCUUCGCGCCGGCAGAGUGGCCGCAGGCCGUCGCGCAGCUCGCCGAGGCGUGCUUCGCCUUCGACCCGCUCGAGCGGCCCACGUUCGAGGAGGCGGCGGACGAGUCCAAGGAGCCCAAGGUGUUCUCCGCCUGCUCCGCCCGCUCCGCCUUCUCCGAGCCCGUAUGA